UCUGCGGCGCCUCCCUGGACUCGGCUCCGGGGCGGGGCCGCAGCAGCGCAGGGGCCGCGGCGGCAUCAGCUGGGGACGGAGCGCGGCGGCGGCUGCAGGAAUAGUGAAUAGCUCCAAUGAUGGAGGACGGGAAGCCUGUUUGGGCUCCCCACCCAACUGAUGGGUUUCAGAUGGGGAAUAUCGUGGAUAUUGGCCCUGACAGCUUAACUAUUGAACCGUUAAACCAGAAAGGCAAGACUUUUCUGGCUGUUAUCAACCAAGUGUUUCCUGCAGAAGAGGACAGUAAAAAGGAUGUGGAGGAUAAUUGUUCACUAAUGUACUUAAAUGAAGCUACACUCCUUCACAAUAUCAAAGUGCGGUACGGUAAAGACAGAAUUUAUACCUAUGUAGCCAACAUUCUUAUUGCAGUGAACCCAUAUUUUGACAUUCCUAAACUUUAUUCUUUGGAGACUAUUAAGAAGUACCAGGGUAAAUCCCUUGGGACAUUACCACCACAUGUCUACGCAAUAGCCGAUAAAGCAUUCCGUGACAUGAAGGUACUCAAGAUGAGUCAGUCCAUCAUAGUUUCUGGAGAAUCAGGAGCUGGCAAGACAGAAAAUACAAAAUUUGUUCUGAGGUAUUUGACUGAAUCCUAUGGUACUGGUCAAGAUAUUGAUGAUAGAAUAGUAGAAGCCAAUCCACUCUUAGAAGCCUUUGGAAAUGCAAAGACUGUUCGCAACAACAAUAGCAGUCGUUUUGGAAAAUUUGUAGAAAUCCACUUCAACGAAAAGAAUUUGGUGGUUGGUGGAUUUGUAUCACAUUAUCUUCUGGAGAAAUCCAGGAUCUGUGUGCAAGGCAAAGAGGAGAGGAAUUACCACAUAUUUUACAGGCUUUGUGCAGGUGCUCCUGAAGAUAUUAGGCAAAAGCUGUAUUUAAGUUCUCCAGAUAACUUUAGGUAUUUAAAUCGUGGCUGCACUAGGUACUUUGCUACCAAAGACACAGACAAGCAAAUUUUGCAAAACCGCAAAAGUCCUGAGUACCUAAAAGCAGGUUCCCUGAAGGAUCCUCUACUAGAUGACCAUGGAGACUUCAACAGAAUGUGCACAGCAAUGAAAAAGAUUGGCUUGGAUGAUGAAGAGAAGCUUGAUCUUUUCCGAGUAGUAGCUGGUGUUCUUCACCUUGGAAAUAUUGAUUUUGAGGAAGCUGGGAGUACUUCAGGUGGAUGUAUUCUGAAGAACAAAUCUAGUCAGUCUUUAGAAUGCUGCGCAGAAUUGCUAGGUUUGGAUCAGGAUGAUCUGCGUGUCAGCUUAACCACCAGAGUCAUGCUUACAACAGCAGGGGGCACCAAAGGAACGGUUAUAAAGGUACCCUUGAAAGUAGAACAAGCAAAUAAUGCACGUGAUGCGUUGGCUAAAACUGUAUAUAGUCACCUUUUUGAUCAUGUGGUAAACAGAGUAAACCAGUGUUUUCCAUUUGAAACCUCUUCUUUCUUCAUUGGCGUCCUAGAUAUAGCUGGUUUUGAAUAUUUUGAACACAACAGUUUUGAACAGUUUUGUAUAAACUACUGUAAUGAAAAGCUGCAGCAAUUCUUCAAUGAAAGGAUUCUGAAAGAGGAACAAGAACUUUACCAGAAAGAAGGUCUGGGAGUCAAUGAAGUGCACUAUGUAGACAAUCAGGAUUGUAUAGAUCUGAUUGAAGCAAAAUUAGUAGGUGUGCUGGAUAUUUUGGAUGAAGAAAAUCGUCUUCCGCAACCAAGUGACCAGCAUUUUACUUCUAUGGUGCAUCAGAAACACAAGGAGCAUUUCAGACUAUCUAUUCCCAGGAAGUCUAAAUUGACUGUUCACAGAAAUAUCAGAGAUGAUGAGGGCUUUAUUAUCCGACAUUUUGCUGGAGCAGUGUGCUAUGAGACGACCCAGUUUGUGGAGAAAAACAAUGAUGCUUUGCACAUGUCCCUUGAAUCUCUUAUAUGCGAAUCCAAGGAUAAAUUUGUCCGGGAACUAUUUGAAUCUACCACUAAUAACAACAAGGAUCCCAAACAAAAAGCAGGAAAGCUUAGCUUCAUCAGUGUGGGAAACAAAUUCAAGACUCAAUUAAAUUUGCUCCUUGAAAAGCUUCGUAGUACUGGGUCAAGCUUUAUUCGCUGCAUCAAACCUAAUUUAAAGAUGACAAAUCACAAUUUUGAAGGGGGACAGAUUCUUUCUCAGCUCCAGUGUUCAGGUAUGGUGUCUGUUUUGGACUUGAUGCAAGGUGGCUUCCCAUCACGAGCAUCAUUUCAUGAGCUAUACAAUAUGUACAAAAAGUAUAUGCCUGCAAAACUAGCUCGACUGGACCCUAGACUUUUCUGCAAGGCACUAUUUAAAGCCUUGGGCUUAAAUGAAAAUGACUACAAAUUUGGAUUAACAAAGGUGUUUUUUAGACCUGGCAAGUUUGCAGAGUUUGAUCAGAUAAUGAAGUCUGAUCCAGAUCAUCUAGCAGAGCUGGUUAAACGAGUCAAUCACUGGCUUAUCUGCAGUCGUUGGAAAAAAGUUCAGUGGUGUUCUCUCUCGGUGAUUAAAUUGAAAAACAAAAUAAAAUACCGAGCUAGUGCCUGCAUUAAAAUACAAAAGACUAUUCGUAUGUGGCUUUGCAAGAGAAAGCACAAACCACGCAUUGAUGGCCUUGUAAAAGUGCGUACACUGAAAAAGAGACUUGAUAAAUUUAAUGAAGUUGUAAGUGCUCUGAAAGAGGGAAAACCAGAGAUGAGCAAGCAGAUCCGGGAUCUGGAGUUAUCUAUUGAUGCUUUGAUGGCCAAGAUUAAGGCCAUUGUCAUGACUAGGGAACAGAUACAGAAAGAGUAUGAUGCUCUAGUUAAGAGCUCAGAGCGGCUUCUUAGUGAGCUACAGAAAAAGAAGCAGCAAGAGGAGGAAGCGGAGAGGCUGCGACGCAUCCAGGAGGAAAUGGAAAGAGAAAGGAAAAGACGUGAAGAGGAGGAGCAACGUCGCAGAAAGGAAGAGGAGGAAAGGCGACUAAAAGCUGAGAUUGAGGCAAAGAGAAAACAGGAAGAAGAAGAGAGGAAGAAGAGGGAAGAGGAAGAAAAACGUAUUCAGGCUGAAAUUGAGGCACAGCUAGCUAGAGAGCGUGAAGAAGAGACCCAACAACAGGCAGUCCUUGAACAGGAACGUCGUGAUCGUGAGCUUGCGAUGAGAAUUGCACAGAGCGAAGCAGAGCUCAUCAGUGAUGAGGCUCAACUUGAUUUGGGAUUGCGAAGAUUGGAUACUGAAGUUAUUCAGCCUGUUCCAGUAGUUGCUAAAGUCAAUGGAACAAAGCCUCAAAUGACUGCGGAACAAAUGGCCAAAGAAAUGUCAGAUGUUUUGUCUAGGGGCCCUGUAGUUCAAGCCACAAAAGCUGCGGCUGGCACUAAGAAGCAUGAUCUUAGUAAGUGGAAAUAUGCAGAACUUCGUGAUACAAUCAAUACUUCCUGUGAUAUUGAACUAUUGGCAGCUUGCAGAGAAGAGUUUCACAGACGACUAAAAGUGUAUCAUGCAUGGAAAUCCAAGAAUAAGAAACGUAAUACAGAAACAGAACAGCGUGCUCCAAAAUCAGUCACUGACUAUGAUUUUGCACCAGUUUUCAACAACUCAACUCAACAGAACCCAACAGCUCAGUUGCCUGCCAGGCAACAGGAGAUUGAAAUAAACAGACAACAGCGUUACUUCCGCAUUCCCUUCAUUCGCCCAGUAGACCAGUAUAAAGAUCCUCAGAACAAGAAGAAAGGUUGGUGGUGUGCACAUUUUGAUGGGCCUUGGAUUGCUCGACAAAUGGAACUUCAUCCUGACAAGCCACCUAUUCUGCUUGUAGCAGGGAAGGAUGAUAUGGAGAUGUGUGAACUAAAUCUUGAAGAGACUGGCUUAACUCGAAAGCGUGGUGCUGAAAUUUUGCCGAGACAGUUUGAAGAGAUUUGGGAGCGCUGUGGAGGCAUCCAAUAUCUUCAAAAUGCAAUUAAGAGCCGACAAGCUCGUCCUACGUAUGCAACAGCUAUGUUGCAAAGCUUAUUAAAAUAGUCACCUUGCACAUUGAUAUUAGAGUUGAGAACCCUUACUAUGAUAUAAAGGGAAGAGUUCCUCUAUGCAACGGAGGAUUUAAACAUUCUGUAAUUGUGUUAGAGAUGUUUAAUUUAAAGUGAACAGAUUUUAUUAAUCAUGGGAGUUUAAUUUGUACUUUUGAUGUUUAAUUUGUGUAGUGAACUCACUAAUUCUGUGGACCUCGCAGAAGUUUCAGUCAAGUAUGUUUGUUGCAUUUUCUUUAUAUGCUGCAUCCUUCUCAAAAGUUUCGGUUAUAAUGCUAACACUGUAAAAUACCACUAUUGUGCUUGGAGUUUAUCCUAGUAUGUACCCUAUUACAACUUCCUUUUUAUAAAAUCCUCUUCAGAACAUGCAAAAUAGUAACCUUUCAAGGAUGGUCUAGUGAAGAGGGUACAAUGUAUCUUAUAACUGCAAUUGUGAGGCCUUAGCUUCAACUUCUUCUCCAGAGAAGUUGGAGUGUACAGUACUUCUAUAUGAUCAAAGACAUUUUAUGUCCUGAUCUGAAAGCUGCUCAACAUCUGUAUGUACUGACUUUUUGAGAAACUUAUGGGAAAUCUUUGAUUUCUUACCUUGUCUCUUAGUUUAACUGACAUUGUUCUUUUAUAUGUUUUGAGAAGAGCACAUAUGUAUUUGAAGGAUUGUGUAAUAAUGGAGGGACUCAACGGAUGUGCUGCACAUUUAGGCUUGCAUUUCUCUCUCAAUUUUUUUUUUAAUACCGAUUUCUUGCAAACACCAAUUAUAUUUUUUCUGACAAAACUUUGUUAGGAGUCCUUCGAUAGUUAAAUUACCCAGGUAGUGUAAUUUAAAUACAUGAUGCAAAAAUUGUCUAAGAUAUCUCUUUAGAUACAUUUAAGAUUAAAGGAAAGCAUAAGGGAAAUGUGUUUUUUUUUUCCUUUUUGUUCUUUUUUUAAAUAGUAGCAUGGCAUAAUUAUAAUACAGAGGUCUGAAUUUUAAGAGAUCCUUUUUACUUUAAUCCGUGCACACAGAUGGUUACUUCUGUUAGAUGGUAUCAGAGUCUUGCUCAGCAACGCCGCACUGGAGUGUCUAAUUACAGUAGGCUACUUCAAAUGGCUAAAUUUUUUUGGUCAACUGUAAUAACAAACUUUUCCUUCAAUCACUCUGAUUUCUUUGUACUUCAUCUCCCUUCAGGGUUUCCACCUUUAUGUAAUAAUGCCCUUGCUUCACAAGUAAAAUGCUUGUGUAUAGGAAUUAUCCAUUUCACACCAUGAAAACUGCCUUUUAUUUAUUUAUCUGGGUGUUCCUAAUGCUGGCCCUAUAUCAACAGAUUAAAACUUGAUAUUUAUAUCUCAGUGCUAGAAAGUGGAAAAAUAUAGAUAUAGUUUGAUGCCUUCUAGUUAAAAUUAAAUAGGUAUCAUUUGAAAGCAAAAUAUUCUCUCUUCCGGUAGUGAAGAACAAAGCUUACAUCCUUCAGUUUACACACACACACACACACACACUGUACAGUGCAGUAAGAAAAAGUGAUGAGAACACUUCCUAACUGUCAGAGUAGAGAUUGUGUGCAUGCCACAGUCAGUCUGUUCUCAGAAAUACACUCCAAGUUGUAAUAAGUGUGAAAAUCUUUUAGUAAAGAACUAGUUAUUUAUUUAUGAAUCCACUACACAAGUGAUUGACAGUGUCUCUGAACUGAACAUUGAAAAUGUCAGUGUGUGUUUUCUUUCAAGGUAAGUAUCGCAUCGCUCUUGGGUCAUGUGGUGGCAUUGGUCAGGCUCUCAAAAUGUCCUUUUUCUUCCCACACCUGACACUUUACUUAAGCAGUAAUUAUUGACUGCAGUAUGAAGGAUGCAUACAUGAGGCCCCAAUUCAGCAAUUUAUUCCAUCACAUGCAUAUAUUCAACUACAUGAAUUCAGUGGUACUGCUUGUGUGGUUGAAGUUAGGCACUUGUUUCAGUACAUUGCUGAAUUCGGACCAGAAUUUCAGAGCCUACAGUCACCAUAUUCUUGGAAAUCCUAAACAUUAUAAGAAACUGGAGCAUUUAAUAGGCACAUUUAAGGAAGUUUUGAACUGUCUUGGAGCUCAGAUGCUCACGCUCUUCUUUUUCUAUCUGAAUUUUAGUUAUUGUCUAGUUAUGUAUAGUCUCAUGAUAUUUUUGGUACAUUAUAAAGAGUUUAAAAAAUACAAUUUAUUCCUGAUAUUAACACAUUUAAAAGUGUUCUCUUGAUGCAUACCCAUAACUUCCCUCAGUAGUAACUAUGGUUAUACAUCGGGAGGAAAUUAGCCUUUAUUAUACAGUAUGGCAUAUUUAAGCUUCUUAUGUCAGAGUAUAUUUGUAAGUCACUCAGAUAUCAUGGCAAUGGGUCUGAGAUAAGAACCAAGAAAUCUUUCUUACUUUAGUCAAAAUGGAAGCAGCUGGUGGCUGGAUGUUAUCAUCUGACACAUUUCCCAUCUCUUCCUAUUGCUCUCGGUACUUGCUCUUGUCUUAAUUUGAGCCAGUGAAAAAUUUCUAAAGUUUGCAAUUUUCCAAUUUUGACAUGAUAGCAUGCAUUCCAGUAAAGGUCUCGGCUGGAAGUGGCUGCUGGUAGCUGAGCCUGUUAGUACAGCAGAAGUCAUUCUCAAAUCAGAAUCAAGGUUGGGGUUAAGACCACAAUCAGCUGCUUACCAGUCCUUUGCAUUAGCUGAUUGCUAAAUUAGACGCUUAGUUAUCUCAUUGGUGAUAUGGAGUUAGCCUCAUUGUCAUAUGGAGAAUACAGUGUUGGCUAAUGCUGCUCCUGAUAUCUGGCAGUAAGGAGUAAUUUGAACCUGACCUGACACUUCAACAGGAAAAUGAAUAGAAAACAUUGGCUCUGUUCUAUGUGUUUGAUUUAAAAACCAAAACAAACCUGGUGUCCAGAGUAGCUGGCACUUUUCACAUGUAGCAUGUUAGUAAAUAAAAAGAAAUAAACACACAUACCAGGCUGUAUUCCUGAUCACGUGACCCAAGAAUAUGGAUCUACCUAGAAUUUUAUCAAGUCAUUAAAUACAUCCUUUUCUUUCCGUUGAUGAGAUUCUAUUUUUCUUUUUGCACUUGCACCCUCUUUUUUUGUUUUUGUUGUUUAAAAAUAUUUUUCAAGUAGUUUACCUAAACUGAUCUCUUAAUGAUGUACUGAAAGUUACACAAAAUAAAUACAUUCCAUGUUGAAA